AGAAGCAGCUUCCUCCACAAAGGAUCAAUUGAUUAAGGAGAAAUCAAACCGGUCAGCAGUGAUGGUCAUUCCUAUCUUUGACUCAGAGGGGAGAACAAGUGACCCACAGACCUCUUAACUGUAACUUUAAAGGAGACCAGUGAGGAUGGGGCCAUGAAGUCUAGAGAGGAGAAGGGGUGUUCUAGAAAAUUUGGGAAUCUUGGCCCGGCUGGAGAAGCGGUUUCCUGCACGAAGGGCCAAUCAGUUAAGGAGAAAUCAAACCGGUCAGCAGUGAGGGUCAUCCUUGCCCUUGACUCAGAGGGGUAACAAGUGACCCAGAGACCUCUUGGCUGUAACUUUAAAGUCUUUCCCAGAUCCAUUGUUUGAUGAUCUUUUCCAGGAUCUUCCCAGAUUUGUCUGCAAUUCAACUAUCAAUAGACGGUAGAAAAAUCAGAGCGAAGCAGCAAUUGCCAAAAAGGAUGGCGUGUGGGAAACUCCUGGAUCCCCCGUCAGACACAAGCAGCACUCCAAACAACCAAAGAACCCAUGAAUAUUCAGAGUGCGGGAAAUCCUUUCCUCUCUGGUGCCUGGUUUUGACCCACCAGAAGGUCCAUGUGGGAAGCGGAUCCAGUCAAAGUUUGGAGAGAGUGAAAUCCUUCUCUGGGAAAGAAAUCGAAGGACUCAAAAGCCCCCCAGGACCAAAACCUUAUAAAUGUGAGGAAUGUGAUUUACCCUUUGGUCAAAUGUCAAACCUUCUUAAACAUCGGAAAAUCCACACUGGAGAGAAACCUUAUCAAUGUCUGGAAUGUGGAAAUUUUUUCCGUGAAAAAGCCACUCUCAGAAACCACGAGAGAAUUCACACAGGGGAGAAACCUUACAAGUGUUGGGAAUGUGGGAAGAGCUUUUCUCAGACUUCAGCUCUUAGGGUCCAUGAGAAGAUUCAUGCGGGAAUAAAAUCUUACAAAUGCUUUGAUUGUGGAAAACGUUUCACCUUGCGUACAUCUCUUUACAAUCAUGAGAAAAUACACCGAGGGGAGAAAAACGAAAAGUGCCUCGAAUGCGGGAAAUGUUUUACCUGGAAAUCAAGCCUGGUGCAACAUCAGAGAAUUCACACUGGAGAGAAACCCUAUGAAUGCCCAGAAUGUGAGAGAAGAUUUGUGGAUCCUUCUGAGUUUCGGAGACACCAGAAGAGGCACAAAGGAGAAAAACCCUAUGAAUGUGAGAAGUGUGAGAAAAGUUUUGUUACACGAAGAGAGAUUAAGAAUCAUGAGAAAAUCCACACGGGAGAGAAGCCAUUCCAAUGUGGGGAGUGUGGGAAAUGCUUUUCCCUAAAACACCACCUUGGAAACCAUCAGAGGGUCCACACAGGAGAGAAGCCAUACAGUUGUGUAGAAUGUGGAAAACAUUUUAGACACAGGGGAAGCCUUUCGACCCAUCAUCAAACCCACACAGGGGAGAAGCCAUAUCAAUGCAACGAAUGUGGGAAAUUUUAUAGUACCUCGGCAGCCCUUGGAACUCAUGUGAAAAUUCACACAGGGGAAAAAAACUUCAAAUGUUUAGAAUGUGGCAAAGCAUUUAUUCAGUCGUGUUCCCUUAUACGUCACAGCCGAAUCCAUACAGGAGAGAAACCCUAUAAAUGCUCCGAGUGUAAUCAAUGUUUUUCUCAGAAAGGUACUCUUUUAAAGCAUCAGAGAGUCCACAUCAGAGGAUAAUCGCAGAAAUGUCGAGUGUACGAAAUGUUUUGCCCAGCCUUCAGCACUUCUCACGCACACCAAAAAUCACACAGGGGAGAGGCCUCACAAGUGUGUGGAGAGAGAGAAAACUUUUCAUUGGAAAUCCCAGCUAAAAAUGCAUCAGAAAGCCCAUAGCAAAAAUAAAUCUCUUCAGUUGUGAAGAAUGUGGGAAACAUUUUUUUCAAAAGUCACACCUUCCAGUUCACCAGAAACUUAACAAUGACAGGACGGAAAUGCUACAAAUAUUUGGAAUGGGAACACAUUUUUCCUGCAGAAGCAACCUCAAAUAUCAUCAGAGUACGCAAUGAGGCGAAAGGGCGUAAAUGUUGGGAGUGUGAAUUUGUUUUGCUCACAAAACAGCAUUAGGAACUUCCCAGAGUGAUUACACAAAAGACUUACAUAUGUGUGGGGAGUAUAUAUAAUGUUUUGUAGAGUACAGGAAGUCUUGGACUUACGAUCAUGUGGGAAUGCAUUUCCAAUUGCAAGUUUUUCCAGUUGUUAAGUAAGACACCCAGAUAUUUUUGUUAUUUUCUUUUACUAGCCCUUUGUUGAUCAAUCAGGAGAACUGAAGAUUUAGAGAGGAAAAAAUGCAGUGAGGUGUAGAAGGAAGAUGCAGCUGGUUGCAUAUUUAGUAAUAAAGUUUUGGUAUUGAAUAUACUUGUUGAGGAUGAAGAAGGAAAGUUUCUUUGUCCUGUUUUUUUUGGAGGGAUUUAUUCAUUGUCUUUUUCAUAUACUCACACACAGAUAUUUGUAUUAAGUUUCUUUCUAUGCAUAUAAUCCUUAAUAAAAGUAUUGUUCAAAAUAAUCAAAA